AUGGCAUUGUUAGCCUUCAAGUCCAAAAUUGUUCACGACCCGGAAGGAGUUAUGGAUUCAUGGAAUAAUUCUGUCCACUUCUGCAAUUGGCAAGGGGUUAAGUGUGGCAAGCGACACCGGCGAGUCACCAUCUUGGACUUGCAUGCGAGCAGGUUAGCGGGAUUCAUAUCAUCUUACAUAGGAAACUUGAGCUUCCUUCGAGUCUUGAGCCUCGCUAACAACACCUUUCAAGGCGAAAUCCCACCACAAGUUGGCAAUCUAUUCAGGCUGCAGGUACUAGCCUUGUAUAAUAAUUCACUGACAGGUGAAAUCCCAACCAACUUAUCUCACUGCUCCAAUCUUUUACAUUUCAUAAUUGCUAGGAACAAGUUGGUUGGUAAACUCCCAACAGAGCUUAGCUCAUUGUCAAAGCUCAUUCAUCUUAAAGUGUCGAUAAACAAUUUUAGCGGAGAGAUUCCCUCUUUUAUUGGAAAUCUUACGUCUCUUGAGUUUAUAAGUGCAUCUUUCAAUGCUUUCACAGGAACCAUCCCAGAGGCCUUGGGCCAGCUCCAAAAUUUAACUUUCCUUUCAUUGGGUGUCAAUAAACUCUCUGGUAAGAUACCUUCAUCUAUGUACAACCUUUCAUCUUUGAUUGUACUCAACUUAAUAGAAAACCAACUCUCCGGCAACAUUCCAUCAGAACUUGGUUCUAUGUUUCCCCACCUUCAACAUCUAGGGCUCGGCGCUAACCAUUUCACAGGUCCUUUACCUGUGUCACUGCCUAACUUUUCAAAUAUAGCACUUCUAGCGUUGGACGUCAACCAUUUUAGUGGGAAAAUAUCAAUCGAUUUCAAACUCCUGCCUCGCCUCUAUCAUUUAACUCUAAGUGUCAAUAAUUUGGGAACUGGAGAACCUGAUGAAAUGGAUUUUCUUCAAUCUUUGGUUAAUUGCACAAAUUUGCAAAUAUUGAGCGUUGCAUUCAACCAACUAAAAGGAUCCUUGCCAAAGAGCAUUGGGAACCUCUCGGCCACAAUAUCUGUCUUAGGCUUAUCACAAAACCAUAUAUAUGGAGAGAUCCCUUCCGAAAUAAGCCAUCUAGUAGGACUAACUUGGCUAACCCUGGGUGAUAAUGAAUUCAAGGGCAGAAUUCCCUACAAUAUUGGCAAUCUUCAAAACCUACAGGCACUGCAUCUUAGUUCCAACUUGCUAGAAGGAGAUGUUCCCAAUACAAUAGGAAACCUCUCAUCCUUGAUCCAUUUUUACUUGAAUGACAACAUAUUGCAAGGAAACGUUCCUGUGACCCUCGGAAAUUGCCAACGAUUGUUAUUGCUAGAUCUUUCCUCCAAUAACCUGACAGGAGCCAUUCCUAGAGAACUCUUUGGCAUUUCAGCCUUUUCCAUUUCACUCAACUUAUCAGGGAACCAUUUGUCUGGCCACCUACCCUUAGAAGUUGGCAAUUUGAAAAAUUUGGCAGAGCUGGAUGUAUCUCAAAAUGACUUGUCUGGUGAGUUUCCAACCACGCUUGGUAGAUGCAAUAGUCUUGUGGCCCUCUACCUACAAGGAAACUUCUUCAAAGGAUCUGUACCUUCAUCGUUACAGUCCCUUAGAGGUCUUUGGAAUUUGGAUCUUUCUCGAAACAACUUGUCUGGUCAAAUCCCAAAGUACUUGGAAAAAUUCAUUUUGAACAAUUUGAAUUUGUCUUUCAACGAUUUUGAGGGUGAAGUUCCAAUCGAAGGAGUUUUCUCAAAUGCAACUGCGAUAUCAGUCACGGGGAAUCCCAAACUUUGUGGAGGCGUACCUGAAUUACACUUGCCAACAUGCACCAUGAAACAAUCGAAGAAACAUCGAACGUCUCUUAAAAUCAUCUUGCUGAUCUCUAUCGCAUCUGUGGCAAUUGUAGUUGUUGUGGUCUCGAAAUUAUUUUGUUGCUCCAAGAAAAAGAACAAAGAUUUAAAUUUUGAUUCGUUAUCAAUUAAUGCAUUCUAUAGAAUAUCAUACGACAGCCUCCUCCAAGCAACUGAAGGCUUCUCUUUAACACACUUGAUUGGAACGGGCAGUUCUGGCUCUGUAUACAAAGCAAUAUUGGGGGAAACAACUGUAGCAGUUAAAGUGCUUAACCAUCAACGUCAAGGGGUGUCCAGGAGCUUCAGGGCCGAGUGCGAAGCCUUGGGAAGAAUCCGACACAAAAAUCUAAUCAAGAUUUUGACUUCUUGUUCAAGUGUUGAUUUUCAGGGCAAUGACUUCAAAGCUAUAGUUUACGAGUUCAUGCCCCGGGGGAGUUUGGAGAGGUGGUUGCAUCCAGAUCCAAAAAUGGAAAACCAUCAAGACAAUCAUGUCGUGGGACUUAAUCUUCUACAAAGAAUAAAUGUAGCCAUUGAUGUGGCUUCUGCACUAGAGUAUCUGCAUCGCCACUGCCACACACCAAUUAUUCAUUGUGAUCUAAAGCCAAGCAACAUUCUUCUUGACGCAGACAUGGUUGCCCAUGUUGGAGAUUUUGGGUUGGCCAAGUUAAUAUUAGAAAUGAAUCAAAAUCAAAGCAGUACUACAGUGGGCGUGAGAGGAACCAUUGGCUAUGCAGCUCCAGAAUAUGGGCUUGGAAGUGAGGUCUCAAGGGAUGGAGAUGUCUAUAGCUUUGGGAUCUUGCUAUUGGAGAUGAUGACAGGAAAAAGGCCAACUGAGUCGAUGUUUCAGGCAGGUCUCAAUCUCCACACUUUUGCCAGGAUGGCCAUACCCGACCAUGUGAUGGCCAUUGUGGAUUCGAAACUCGUGUGUAAUGACGAAGAAGAAGUGGCUGCAUCGACCAAUAACGAGGGGAGGAGGGCAACCACCCACCCAAGAAAUAACAGUAACGAAAAUGAUUGCUUGAUUCAUAUGAUCAAGAUUGGAGUGGCAUGUUCCAUGGAGUCACCCCAAGAUAGGUUGAACAUAAGCAAUGUUGUUCGUGAAUUGAACAUAAUUAGGGACAUUUUUCAAGGGCUCCGGAAGGGUAAUAAUGCUUAGGCAUGACUUUCGACACAUUUUCCACCAACCUUAUAAUGAUCAAAGUUAGUUAUUACAUAUUACGAUAAA